CCCCAUCAGCCGGUGAUCGCCAUGGACGUGCCUUAUGCAGCAGCCGCAUAGGAGCAGCCUGUGUGCUCAGGAGCCGAUGACCGGCAGGAUGAUGAACUCCUCCGUCUUCGGGGACAUGAUGCGGGACUUGGAGCCCCCGCUGUCCCCGGGCGCCUCGCAGAGCUCCACCGUUACCCUGGCGCUGCGCAACGACCUGGGCUCCAACAUCCACGUCCUGAAGACCCUGAACGUGCGGUUCCGCUGCUUCCUGGCCAAGGUGCACGAGCUGGAGCGGCGGAACCGCCUGCUGGAGAAGCAGCUGCAGGAGCAGCACUCCCGGCAGCAGCAGGAGCGCCGCCUGCGGGGCAAGACCUUCCACCGGGACCAGGCGGUGCAGACCGACCCGGAGCCCCCCAACGCCAACCAGCUGCCCAAUGCCAACCAGCUGCGGUACAGCCGCCUGCCCGGCACCAUCUGGAGCUACACCCACGUGCGGCGCACCGGAGGCGGCCUGGAGACGCUGCAGGGGCCCGGGGUGUCCUGGACCCAUCCGGACGGAGUCGGGGUCCAGAUAGACACCAUCACCCCGGAGAUCCGGGCCCUGUACAACGUGCUGGCCAAGGUGAAGAGGGAGCGGGACGAGUACCGGAGAAAGUGGGAGGAAGAGUUGGCCAAGAGGUCAAACCUACAAUCCAUGGUGGAGACCCUCCAAGAGGAGGCCCAAGAGGCUUAUAAUGUCCAUGAUGAGCUCAACGAGAAGAUCGAGCGGCUGAAGUCCGAGCUGGUGGUCUUCAAGGGUCUGAUGAGUGAUCCAAUGACUGACCUCGACUCAAAGAUCCAGGAAAAAGCUAUGAAGGUGGACAUGGAUAUCUGCCGGAGGAUUGAUAUCACUGCCAAGCUGUGUGAUGUAGCACAGCAGCGCAAUUCCGAAGACGUAUCCAAGAUGUUUCAGGUGGGAACAGUGUCUAAAAAGAAGGAGCGUAAGCGAACGUCAGAAGAUGACAUCACGGAGCAGGACGGGGACGCUGGGCGCUUCUCGGAUGAUGAAGUCAGUUGUUCCCUCAACAUAACGGAUGAAAUGAAGAGGAUGUUCAACCAGUUGCGGGAGACGUACGACUUUGACGACGAUUGUGACAGUCUGACCUGGGAAGAAAAUGAGGACACCUUGUUACUGUGGGAAGACUUUUCCAACUGUAAUCCCUCCAUCGAGGUCCAGAAAGAGGAUGAAAGUCUGGGCAGUCUGAUUCAGGAGACGGAAUCUUUUCUGAAGACGCGAGACAAAGAAUACCAGGAAACCAUUGGCCAGAUAGAGCUGGAAUUGGCAAACGCAAAGAGCGACAUGAACCGGCAUCUGCACGAGUACAUGGAAAUGUGCAGCAUGAAGAGGGGUCUGGACGUACAGAUGGAGACGUGUCGGAGACUUAUCAAAGGAUCGGCUGGCAGCAGGAACUCUCCGUCCACCAGUUCCGUGGCCAGCAGCGACUCAGGGAACUCCGACGAGAUGCAGGAUGAGUUUGAGAAGGACGCAGACGGAGACAGCGCCAUCAGUUGAUAAGUGACACUCGUGGACCUUUUUGUUUUGGACGCGACUGACUGAGUGGAUGAACCAGAGACUUUGACUGGAGGCUUUCCAAGACCCCCUCCAGAUACCCCUCCUGAUUUGGUGCUGUAAAUGUCUAUUCUUCUACAGAAAACCCUGUAAAUAGAGGGACUAAAAAAAAAAAGAAAAACAAAAACGCUGUUUAAAAUGUGCCUUCCCCGCUUCUGAGCCACCUGGAUUACUCCACGGAUCCCACAUUCUGGCUUUAGCGCACCCAUUGCCCGCACACGGCAGCCUUUGAAGUCCCCAGUGAUGCUGUGGUCUGCCGCUUCGCGUUGUGCGUGGAGAUUGGGGUGCGCUUUAAUUCAGGGCGCUUAGGGCAGCCGAUUAAUGUGUGGGAUCACUUUACUCCAGGGCCGCUAUCUGCAGUCGCGGCUCUGGGGUUUAUUUAUAGCACUUGUUAAAACUGAACGACAAACCAAAAUGUUCUUAGCUUUAUUGUUGGCCAAGAUGGCGGCGUGUCUUUAUAGACGCCGGGGGUGACGCAGCAGCUAGAGAAGGCGGCACUGGGUAUGGGACUAUGCAAUAUGUUUGCCUUAUUCAGAAUGGAUUUUAGAGCCGCUCAUUAUUUUGCCGAUCACCAACAAGUCAUUAAGAUGUAGACUUAAAGGGACACUGAUCCUCUGCCCGCGGCAUAGGAGAAUAAGGGUAUGGUCAUCGUGACCCUAA